UCAGCAGCAUCCUCUACGACUGCUGCUUCGGCAGCAUCCCCUGCAAUUAGUAGUACUAUAGAAUUGCAGUUAGAACAAGGAGCAAAUACAUCAGUUGGCGGUGGAGGAGCUGAAGCAGUUAGUAGUGGAAUAGGCUCACCAUCAAGGAACACAGCAGCAAAUGUAGCCACAACCGGUAAUAUUUCAAAAGAAGGCACCUAUGUUGAGAACAAGUCAAAGAAUACUGAUCGUAAGUCAAGAAAAGCUAGAAAAACAGCUGCAAAGAAAGCAAAAUUGCAUGGAGUUGUACAGAAACGAGGACGCCCCAAUCCUGGUAAAUCAAAUCGUCGCAGGAAGCAUUAG